GUCAUACUAACUGAGGUCAAGAUGAUCUUCAUUCACUUUUUGUGUGCUGUGAUCUCGCUUCUGGCAACGGGAAUAGUGGCGGAUAGAACAACCUAUCGUCUACCGGACAGUACCUUCCCUGUGCACUAUACCCUUCGAAUUGAGAUGAAUCCGGACCUCGGAUCUGCGAGCAACUACAGCGGAUCUGUCGCCAUAAUCGUCAACGUUCACUACCCAACGGAUGCGAUCGUCUUACACGCGGAUGCCAGCCUUGAAAUCGAACAAAUUGUGAUCUGGAACGUCGCAAACAGUGAGCCCAUCAACAUACAGUCUGUGGAACGGGAAGCUGCAACACAGUUCCUUAAAAUCUAUACCGAUCGCACGAUGAAUCAAAUAGAGCAGUACGUAUUGGGGAUUGACUUCAACGGUUACCUGCUGCGAGGUGGCAAUCAAGGCUUUUUCCUAAACAGUUAUCAGAAUGAGUUUGAAGAAGAUUUUUACGCAGUGACGGCCUUCGAACCGACACACGCUCGCAAAGCGUUCCCGUGCUACGACGAGCCUAUGUUCAAGGCCACAUUUGAUGUGGAGAUUGUGUGCGGAAGAGACUACAGUGUUCACUCCAACGCCGAACCGGUAGAUGUGGAGCUGAUGGGUGAGGAUAAGCAAUUGGUACGAUUCGAGCGAACUCCUCCGAUGGCGAGCUACUUGAUUGCGUUCAUGAUAUCGAAGUUCGACGAGGAAGUUCGGGAGUUUGAUGGACUACGGCUCGGAAUGAUUACGCGUCCGGACGAGGAUCGAAGUGGAGAUUUGGAAUUUGCCUUCCAAGCUACUCGGUUCGCCGUGGAUGCCUUGCAAAGUUACACCGGACAGAGAUAUAGCUUUUUGAAGCUAGACCAAGUCGCCAUCGAUGGCUUCAAUGGUGGUUUGGAAAAUUGGGGCUUGAUUCUUUACGCUACGGAUUUACUGAUUGUGGAUCCGGCAGCCGACAGUUGGGAAAGGGUGGAUUCUGCGUUGCUUAUUACACAUGAAGUGGCUCAUCAAUUCUUCGGAAACUUAGUCGGGUUACCCUGGUGGGAGCAUUUAUGGAUGAAGGAAGGGUUUGCCACGUUCAUGUCGUACAAGUUGUCCUUGCAGUUUCUACCCGAUGCGAGGGACCUGAUCAAGCAGCAAUUCUAUAAUGACAUUUGGGAUGCAAUGUAUUUCGACUCCGGUCCUACGACGUAUCCAAUGUCACAUUACGUUGAAUCUCCUGAAGCAAUCGGUGCGCUUUAUCAAAAGCAUAUUGUUUACAGUAAAGCUGCUGGCAUCAUCAGGAUGAUGGAGAAUGCAGUGGGAAGUGAUGUGCUGGAAGCAGCCGUUCAGAACUAUAUUAUCAAUCAUCGUUUCGGCACCGCUAACCCCUACAAGCUGUACCUAAGUCUAGAUAAAUUUGUCGGAUAUCAGCUUCCACCGGGGGUUCACGUGGGUGAGAUUUUCCAUUCUUGGGCAGCUCAAGCUGGACACCCGAUUAUCCACGUCGAAAGAAUCGGUGAAUCAGACAGAUAUCGAUUGACGCAGCAUCCGUUUGGUUCCUGCGAUUGCGAGGGUUCUCGCUGGUGGAUUCCGAUCUUCUAUACCUCAUAUGAUGUCGGCGAACGGUUCGCAGGUUGGAUGCCCGACACGACGGAUACCGUCACCGUUGUUAUGGGCGGCUUUCUCCCGCUGGUGAAUAAUCGUUGGCAGGGUUUCUUCCGAGUUAGUUAUUCUCAGCAGGGAUGGAACGAAAUCCUUAACAACUGGAACAGCAUAGACGGCGAUAGUCGAGCCAAGCUGAUCGAUGACGCAUUCGGAUUACUUUGGAAUCUGGAAAACACCACAGAACCGUUAAUAGAGAUGCUUGCCAGGCUAAAAACGGAGAAUGAUCCGCUACCAUGGAUGGCAGCAAUGGCCGAUCACAAUCUCUGGAAGCUUGUUCAAUUGGUGAAAGGACGGUCGAACGUUGAAUCUAACGUUCUCCAAUUAGCUCGAAACUUGACCCGCGAUAUGUUGUCCAUAUUUCGUGACGAUAUGCGUGGUGGGAGCAUUGCAGCACGUCGCACAGCUUUAUUAUGGGAAGAACGAAUUCAUUUGAUUGAUAACGGGAGAGUUGAAAAAUCCGAGCUGCACUGCCCACAGAUGUUAUCUUCGCAACAAUUGACUGAGUUACGAUGCAAGGCACAACCUCUGGUGGAGAUGCUGAAUAGCGUUGAUGUAGCAAUGUGCUUCGGAGGUCCGGAAGAGUAUCGACAGUUUUUGGACAAUUUAUUACGGAAUUUCAAAUGUCCAGAGGUCUGGAACGUUAUUCUAAUUUUGCUUGAGAAAGAAAUCCCGUUCGUUGACUCAUUUUUGCAAUCGUUAAUUGAUGAAUUGAGUGACAUGCAGAACAGUGUCGAUCCAGAACCAUUGGAAGAUUUUUUGAAAGGUGCUACAUUCUUCAUCUACAAACCCGAACAUCAGCAAUUGUAUCAGAAAUUUGUAGACAGCCUGGAAGUGAUCAGCGAAGUGCAACGUUCCAACGUGAAGGACUUGUUGGAUGUACAGCGAAAUCGGGUUGCAGGCAUUAUCCAAGCUUUACAGGAAGCUAACCGAUCUAUGUGAAAGCAUUCAAUUUCAUUUGUAAAUAAACUAAACAUGUGAAAAUCUUACAUUCUACGAAAUACAUCACCGAUUUUACGAACUCGACUUGCGCAAGUAAGCCCCAUCAUAAACAGCUGAUGAUGCCAAGAAAAGCUGUCCCGGCCUACGCCAAGAACGAGUUAGUAACGUUUUCCAAUGAAGUGUCCAUCUCCCUUGGGGACUUCUCUAUUUUGGGCUUCGCCGAAUCAAUGCCCAUCAGCGGCCGUAAUGGUUGUGUGUGUGGUGCGACAAUCGACCUUAUUCUUUUGCUGUCGUGUCAACAGACACAAUCCGAGCACAUUACGAAUCAUCAUCACCAUCGGACCCGGCUAUUUGUUCUCUGGUACAGCGUGCGGCAAUUUAUGUGCUGAAUUUGUUAUCUCAACUGAUUUCCCCCUAUGCAUCGAUGCGAGUGUAGGUGGUUUCGCACCUGUUGCUGAAUGCAGGGCCGUCAUGUGGCAGGAUUUUCAACGCAAUGUAUUUUUCGCAAAAAAUCAAGUCGAACAUGAAAACGUGUGCCAUUUAUAAGUCCUUUGAC